GUGGCAAUUACACCGUUUCCGUUCCCGUACCACAACAUCAUCGCCGUCUUCCUGUGGAUGUACACAAUUCUGUGCCCCAUUUUGAUCAACGGAAUCAUCAUGGACGUGACUCUUCGAGGGGUGUUUGUCUUCGUGUCCGUGUUCUGCUACCACGCGCUGAACCACAUCGGUGACAACUUGGAGGAUCCCUACCUCCCAUACGACCCCAACGAGCUGCCUCUGCCUGACCUCCAACACAGCGUCAACAUGCGGCUAUGGGCGUUCGGAGUCGUGCCCAGACUCUCCGACAGUCCGCCGCCGGAUGUAGUGGUCAAGGAAGUCAACUUUACUCAGGACACGCUCAAAACCUGA